UAGAGGCCAGGCUUUGGGAGGUGGCAGAGGUGAGAGCCUCAUACCUGGGCUCUGUCUGGCAAGUCUAGGCCUGGGUCAGGGGACCUUGGCCUAAAGGGCCUGUCUUGCCUGGAGCAUGGGAGGGGGCUGAGUCUACACAGCUGGCCUGGCCUCAGGCCUGGAGCUUUAGCUCAAGGACGAGAAGACCUAUAAAGCCAGACCCAGCUCCCAACCUCACAUCUGCCACGAUGUUGCUGCCCAGCCUGACCCUAAGCCUGGUUCUCCUCGGCUCUUCCUGGGGCUGCAGCGUUCCUGCCAUCAAACCGGCACUGAGCUUCAGCCAGAGGAUUGUCAACGGGGAGAAUGCAGUGUCGGGCUCCUGGCCCUGGCAGGUGUCCCUGCAGGUACACCACCGGAGGGCCCUGACCCCGGACAGCAGCGGCUUCCACUUCUGCGGUGGUUCUCUCAUCAGCCAGUCCUGGGUGGUCACUGCUGCCCACUGCAAUGUCAGCCCUGGCCGCCAUUUUGUUGUCCUGGGCGAGUGUGACAGAUCAUCGAACGCAGAGCCCUUGCAGGUUCUGUCCAUCUCUCAGGCCAUUACACACCCUAGCUGGAACUCUACCACCAUGAACAAUGACGUGACGCUGCUGAAGCUCGCCUCGCCAGCCCAGUACACAACCCACAUCUCGCCAGUUUGCGUGGCAUCCUCAAACAAGGCUCUGACUGAAGGCCUCAUGUGUGUCACCACCGGCUGGGGUCGCCUCAUUGGCGUGCGCAACGUGACACCAGCACGUCUGCAGCAGGUGGCUUUGCCCCUGGUCACUGUGAAUCAGUGCCGGCAGUACUGGGGCUCACGUAUCACUGACUCUAUGAUCUGUGCAGGUGGCGCUGGUGCUUCCUCGUGCCAGGGUGACUCCAGAGGCCCUCUUGUCUGCCAGAAGGGAAGCACGUGGGUGCUUAUUGGUAUUGUCUCCUGGGGCACCAAAAACUGCAAUGUGCGCGCACCUGAUGUGUAUACUUGAGUUAGCAAGUUUAGCGCCUGGAUCAACCAGGUCAUAGCCUACAACU